CUGCACACACACACACACACAUAUACGUUGUUGUUGGGUAUUUGUUGCGGACUAUGUACGGUACGAAACCGACAUCCGCUUCCGGAAGUGGACCAUCAAGCGUGCCGACUUGAAGUUAACAGCUUAGGUUAUUGAAAAACAAAAAAGAUGUUUAAAAAGUUCUCCGACAAGGAAAUGGUGUCUAGCGUGAACAAUGCCAAGUCUUCAGUACAAAGGACUAUUAGGCAGAGUGUUCAGGAACAAUAUCCUUACAUUGAAUCUGUGCUCAAUCAAAUACUUCCGAAAAAAGAUGCUCUCAAAGUUGUGAAGUGUCACGAACAUAUUGAAUUGUUGGCAGCACAAAACGGAGAAAUCCUCUUCUUCAAACAACGUGAAGGACCCUAUAUUCCGACACUGAAACUCAUCCACAAAUACCCAUUUAUUCUACCCCCUAUGCAGGUGGACAAGGGAGCUAUUCGUUUUGUGUUGAGCGGUGCCAACAUCAUGUGUCCUGGAUUAACAUCGCCGGGUGCGAAGAUGACCAAAGUUGGUAACAGCGCAAUUGUGGUGGUUAUGGCUGAGGGUAAACAAAAUGCCCUGGCUAUUGGACUCACGAAAAUGUCUACCGAAGAGAUUCUUCAGAAAAAUAAAGGUAUUGGUCUUGAGAAUUUACAUUAUCUAAAUGAUGGAUUAUGGAAUAUGAAACCGGUUAAAUAAGACUAGAAUACA